GAUUCAACAACUUCGAAAGAUGUCCCACAGGCUUGGUGGUUAUCAUUAAAAGAGAUGUCAUUGAAGAGUCUAAUAGAAUCUCAAUCCCUUCACCGGUCGAGAGGGUUCUUCUCGGGUGCUACACUUACACCCUUCCUAUAUCAAACACCAACAAUUCAGAGACAUCGUUUUCGUGCCUCGAGUUCCCAAACACCCAAAUACGGCCACUCAAAGAACUUCAGCAGAGAUGAGCAGUCACCAAUACGGAGUGGUAGGAGCUCAACUGCGAGGAAAUUCAACGAUCAAGGCGAGUUGAACCGAUCACCGCCAAAGACCGAUGCAGAGCAAGACGACAUACGAUCUCCACCAUCCACCGCAACGAUCACACCUAAAGAAGAGAAGAUAUUCGCAAAGCUAUUCCAGCAAAUGGUAGAGAAAAAUGCGGUAUCUAAUACGCUUAAGAUGCCGCAGGUGGGCGGGACAGGAAAAGUCAGCACAUGCCAGACCGAUGCGUUAGGCUCCCAGGCAUUUGUCCAGCAAUUCCCCGAGUCGCUUCGUCCGAUGGCGCGCCAGGCAGCCGGGAAACUUCCAUUACCGCGCGAGCAAAAUACUCCGUUCAAACCGGCGGAAUCAACAGACUCCAAGGUCGAGACUGCUCCAGAACCCGAAUCGGAAGUUCGGAAUCUAGCUAAAGAGAAAGUCAAGCACGUGGAGCGGGUGCAAAAGCUGCUUGAAACCGCAUCGACGGAUGCCAAAUUAUGGCAGGUUCUCGAAACCCAAGUCUUCGGACCGAUAGCGAAGCUAGAUCUUGAUGGUGAAGCUAGCUCCAAAAACAAGUCCAAGACGAAGACCUCGAAGACCAAAGAAAAGAAAAAGGCGAAGGGAAGGGCUAAGAUUGUAGAAGCGUCGCAAGAGGAUGCAAUGGACGAGAAACGUCCGAAUCAAGAAGUCUUCAAAGCUAUCCCACCCUCCCUGAGUUAUUCCUAUCCUCAUCUUCUCCUCCACGCGGUCCGGGUUUUGAAACAAACGUUUCCUACUUCAUUAUUGAGUAUGACUGUUCUUCCGCACAUGAAAUCGAUUGGACGAUCGUCGUACAUUCUUGGCGUAUCCGCCGCGCUCUACAACGAGACGAUCCGAAUUACCUGGGCAGUUUCCUCCGACUUCUCGCGGGUUGAGAAUCUGCUGAACGAGAUGACCCAUGGAGGGAUCGACGCCAACGAGGAGACGCUCGAUAUACUUUUUAAUAUUAAGGAACAGCUGGGGGGAAUUGAAUUGGGGAACAAAGGCGAAGCGCUUCGUGCUAUUUGGGCAACAGAAUCAUUCAAGAAGAGCCGUGCAGAUGUUGACAUCUGGAUUGGACGGAUACGGGGAGGGCUUGAACUGCACGCUCUACGAGUCGCUCAUGAGAAGGAGGCAAGCGGUCAGCUUGAUGAAAAUGUUCUUUCUUCACCGGAUCUAGCUGUCUUCAAAAGGAUGGACUGGCAAUCGAGGAGGCAGAUGACAUGGAAAAAUCCAGGUUGGAGUGGGCCGUUGAGGAAGAUGACAUGUUAAGCAAUUGCUUGAAAGCCGAACAUACGAUAUCCGGCAUAUAGCGCGGUUUGCAUUCAAGGAUAUAUCGCCUAACGAAGCGUUUUUAAAUCUCCAACUCCUCCCACAUGCCUCAAAGUCAGCGCCGCGGCUUGUGAUCCAAGGUAUAUAGCAUCUUCAAUGGACUUUC